AUGUUCAGUGGCUCCUCGAGCCCACCCAAAGAUAAACUAGAAACAAUUCCACACUCGGAGGCCAUCACUACCCCGUCCCUGACCGUCAAGACCGACGAAGCUACCGUAUCUCAGAAGAAAUUUUCUCCUCCCAGUGGAUUCUUUGGUCGCAGAGCGAGCGACGAACCCAGUCCUGGCGGCGAGAAGAAGAGGAGAAGCAGUACCGUCACCAAAGCAGCGACAUUGUUCUCCAACGCCAAAAACUCAUUAAGUUGGAGCAACUCUCGUGAAACCGCUGCAACCCUUACCGUGGCUCACUCGCCACCUACUUCGUUACACAAACUUGGGAGAAUGGAUCCGGCAUUGAUUGUCCCUCAAGGGUCGUUGAACAAUUCUGCCGGUGAAUCAUUACCCACCCCGCGCUCAUCAUUCAGAGUUGGUGUCACAGAGGACCGGAACCGAAGAUGUCGUCGGACUAUGGAAGAUACUCAUGCAUACCUCUACAACUUCUUGGGGACGCCCGCACCCUCUGGCCGGGCUGAUGUCAAUGGCAGAAGGCAGUCCGGUGAUGUCUCGCCUUCUGCUGCAGAAGAGACCAGCGUCGUCGAAACUGAUAACGGGUAUUUCGCGAUCUUCGACGGGCAUGCUGGCACAUUCGCUGCCGAGUGGUGCGGGAAGAAGCUACAUCUAAUUUUGGAAGAGGUCAUGCGGAAAAACCCCAACACUCCGGUUCCGGAGCUGCUCGACCAGACUUUCACUUCUGUGGACCAGCAGCUGGAGAAGCUGCCGUUGAAAAACAGCGGGUGUACCGCAGUCAUUGCUCUUCUACGCUGGGAGGACAGAGUCCCUUGCUCUCAUUCCGUGACCGGCUCUGCAGCAUUGGCUCCAGCCGCUGUCGCCGCCGCCGCCGAACCCAAUUCGGAAGCUGACAACACCCCAACCCAAUCAGCACCUGUAUCUGUGCUCCCAACAUUGCAAGAGAAAGCCUCCCGUCAACGAGUUCUCUAUACUGCGAAUGUUGGCGACGCUCGCAUCAUCUUAUGUCGCAACGGUAAAGCGCUACGAUUAUCUUACGACCACAAAGGCAGUGACGAAAAUGAGGGGAAACGGAUUGCCAACGCCGGAGGAUUGAUACUCAACAACAGAGUAAACGGAGUCCUUGCGGUCACGCGAGCUCUAGGUGAUGCCUAUCUCAAAGAUCUUGUGACUGGCCACCCGUAUACUACAGAGACAGUCAUACAACCCGACCAGGAUGAGUUUAUCAUUCUGGCCUGCGACGGGUUGUGGGACGUAUGUAGUGACCAAGAAGCGGUAGAUCUGAUACGGAAUAUACAGGAUGCUCAGGAAGCCUCCAAAAUGCUGGUUGAUCAUGCCCUUGCUCGCUUCAGCACUGAUAACCUCUCUUGCAUGGUGAUUCGGUUUGACAACAAUCGCGUCAAGGAGGUCGUCAACCGCGCGGUCGACCCGAUCGGUGUCGACGGUGAUCCAGUCACGCAUGUGGGAUACGGAGUGAGCGAGGCUGAUAAGAUUGUCGAGGGGGCCAGAAAGAGCAUGGCCAAUACAGAAAUCACCGAUAAUGUCGAGCCAGCAGAGAAAGUCAUGGAUGAGGUUUUACAGAAGAUGGCUGAUGAUGGGCCAGGGCCAGAGAUCCCUAUUGAGGCAACUUCGCCGAAUAAGGUUGAGUCAGUCCAUUAA